AUGUUUGAUCCACUGUACGCUUUACCAGGUCUGAAUGGACAGAUUCCGCGUGGCUUCCCCCUGUAUGGGUUCUCAAUGAGGGAAAUGCCAACCGCGAUUUUACAUGAAGUUUUGUGUGCUUAUGGAAUAGAACCGAUAGAAGGGAUCGGAUACGAUGUGGACCGACAGAACAUGUCAUUGCUCUGUGGACACAUCGGGGCCACCUGGCUGUCUGGGGUCAUCUAA